GCCGCGCGUGCGCGCCUGCCGAGGGAGAGCGCGAGUGAGGGGUGGGCCGCCGCGACGAUGCCGCGGGGCCGCCCCCCGAAGCCCCGGGACGGUGCGGCGCGCGGCGACUCCGAUGGGAUUUUGGCGUUGAAUGAUGAUGACAUUGAUGAUGACUGUCCGAUUCCAAACUUCCACAAAUGUGAAAUCUGUCUGCUGUCUUUUCCAAAAGAGUCCCAAUUUCAGCGUCACAUGAGGGAGCAUGAGCAAAAUGACAAGCCACACCGAUGUGACCAGUGCCCCCAAACAUUUAAUGUUGAAUUCAACCUGACACUUCAUAAAUGUACACACAAUGCGGAAGAUCCUGUUUGUCCCGUGUGCAACAAGAAGUUCUCCAGAGUGGCCAGUCUCAAAGCACAUAUUAUGCUCCACGAGAAGGAAGAGAACCUCAUUUGCUCUGAGUGUGGGGAUGAAUUCACACUGCACAGCCAGCUGGCCAUUCAUAUGGAGGAGCACCGGCAGGAGCUGGCCAACACCCGAGCUCACACCUGCAAGGCCUGUAAGAAGGAGUUCGAGACAUCGCCAGAGCUGAAGGAGCACAUGAAGACUCACUGUAAAGUUAGGGCGUCAGGUACAAGAUCUUAUAAUCGGAACAUUGACAGAAGCAGCUUCCCGUACUCAUGCCCACACUGCGGAAAGACGUUCCAGAAGCCCAGUCAGUUAACGCGACACAUCAGGAUACACACAGGUGAAAGGCCAUUCAAGUGCAGUGAGUGUGGAAAAGCCUUUAACCAGAAAGGGGCGCUGCAGACCCAUAUGAUCAAGCACACAGGAGAGAAGCCACAUGCUUGUGCCUUUUGUCCUGCCGCCUUUUCUCAGAAGGGGAACCUGCAGUCCCAUGUUCAGAGGGUCCACUCAGAGGUAAAAAAUGGGCCUACCUAUAACUGCACAGAGUGUAGCUGCGUAUUUAAAAGCUUAGGUAGCUUAAAUACUCAUAUCAGCAAGAUGCAUAUGGGUGGACCACCAAAUUCUACAAGCUCUACAGAGACUGCACAUGUUAUAACGGCCACAAUCUUUCAGACAUUACCUCUGCAGCAGGUGGAAGCCCAGGUCUCCUCAGCGUCCAGUGAGCAGAGCUCUCAGGCAGUGAGUGACGUCAUUCAGCAGCUGCUGGAGCUGUCUGAGCCCGGCCCAGCGGAGGCACAGCAGUCCCCACAGUCUGGGCGACAACUGAGUGUGACAGUGGGCAUCAACCAGGACAUCCUCCAGCAAGCCUUAGAAAACAGUGGGCUGUCUUCACUUCCAGUUGCAGCUCCUCCCAGCGACUGCAGCCAUGCUCAGACGGCUACAUUGUCCACGCAGAGUCCACACGCCUCCAGUGUCUCUGCAGAGCAAGCUGAUCCCAUGGAUGCAGAGCAGGAAAAGGGGCAGGAAAGCCCUGAAAAGACGGAUAAGAAAGAGAAAAAACUUCUGAAGAAGAAAUCCCCGUUCCUACCUGGGUCCAUUCGGGAGGAGAACGGGGUGCGGUGGCAUGUGUGUCCCUACUGCACGAAGGAGUUCCGAAAGCCCAGUGACCUGGUGCGCCACAUCCGCAUCCACACCCAUGAAAAGCCCUUCAAGUGUCCACAGUGUUUCCGGGCCUUUGCCGUGAAGAGUACACUGACUGCUCACAUUAAAACUCACACGGGCAUCAAGGCUUUCAAGUGCCAAUACUGCAUGAAGAGCUUUUCCACCUCAGGGAGCCUCAAGGUGCACAUCCGCCUACACACAGGAGUUAGACCUUUUGCUUGUCCUCACUGUGAUAAGAAGUUCCGCACCUCAGGCCACAGGAAGACUCACGUGGCUUCCCACUUUAAGCACACGGAGCUGAGGAAGCUGAGGCAGCAGCGGAAGCCUGUGAAGGGUCGGGUGGGCAAGAGCAGCGUUCCUGUCCCCGACAUUCCUUUGCAAGAACCCAUUCUCAUAACUGACCUAGGUCUUAUCCAGCCCAUUCCAAAAAACCAAUUUUUUCAAAAUUAUUUUAAUAAUAGUUUUGGCAAUGAAGCAGAUAGACCAUACAAAUGUUUCUACUGUCAUCGAGCAUAUAAAAAGUCUUGCCAUCUUAAACAGCACAUCAGAUCACAUACAGGUGAAAAGCCUUUCAAAUGCUCCCAGUGUGGCCGAGGCUUCGUCUCUGCAGGCGUGCUCAAAGCCCAUGUCCGGACGCACACAGGGCUGAAGUCUUUCAAGUGUCUGAUCUGCAAUGGAGCCUUUACCACAGGUGGCAGCUUACGACGACACAUGGGCAUACAUAACGACCUCCGUCCCUACAUGUGUCCCUAUUGCCAGAAGACAUUUAAGACUUCACUGAACUGCAAGAAACACAUGAAAACUCACAGGUACGAACUGGCCCAGCAGCUCCAGCAGCACCAGGAGGCCUCCUCCAUGGAUGACGAUAGCACCGUGGACCAGCAGAGCAUGCAUGUGGCGGCCCCCAUGCCUGUGGAGAUCGAAAGUGCAGAGCUGCAGCAGACUCCAGAGACAGUGGCAGCAGACCCUGAGUCUAUACUGGAACUAGGGCCACAGCAUGUGGUAGGCACAGAAGAUGCAGCGCUUGGACAGCAGUUGGCAGAUCAACCUUUGGAGGCGGAUGAAGAUGGGUUCACAGCUUCCCAGGCUCCUCUUCCAGGGCACAUGGACCAGUUUGAAGAGCAGGGCACUCCACAGCCAUCCUUUGAGUCAGCAGGACUUCCACAAGGUUUCACGGUGACUGACACGUACAGUCAGCAGACAUCCUUCCCACCUGUGCAGCAGCUGCAGGACUCUAGCACCCUUGAGUCCCAGGCCUUGUCCACAAGUUUCCACCAGCAAAACUUACUGCAGGUCCCCAACUCUGAUGCCAUCAGCGUGGCAACUCGUUUGCUUCCAGAGUCAUCUCAAGAGGAUCUGGACCUACAAACACAAGGCCCCCAGUUCCUGGAGGACAGUGAGGACCAGAGCAGGCGCUCUUACAGGUGUGACUACUGCAACAAAGGCUUCAAGAAGUCCAGUCACUUGAAACAGCAUGUGCGCUCACACACGGGGGAGAAGCCCUACAAGUGCAAGCUCUGUGGGCGUGGUUUUGUCUCCUCUGGUGUCCUCAAGUCCCAUGAGAAGACACACACAGGUGUCAAGGCCUUCAGCUGCAGCAUCUGCAAUGCGUCUUUCACCACCAAUGGGAGCCUCACGCGGCACAUGGCCACACACAUGAGCAUGAAGCCUUACAAGUGUCCAUUCUGUGAAGAGGGCUUCCGCACUGCGGUCCACUGUAGAAAACACAUGAAGAGACACCAAGCAGUUUCGUCUGUAGCCGCAGCAGCUACAGAGACAGAGGGAGGAGACACAUGUGUGGAGGAAGAUGAAGACAAUUCGGACAGAAGUGCGUCAAGAAAGCCUCGUCCUGAGGUCAUUACUUUCACAGAGGAGGAGACAGCCCAGCUGGCCAAAAUUCAGCCCCAGGAGAGCGCUACAGUGUCUGAGAAGGUCCUGGUGCAGUCGGCUGCAGAAAAGGAUCGCAUCAGCGAGAUGAAGGAUAAGCAGGCAGAGCUUGAGGCGGAACCCAAGCACGCCAACUGUUGCACGUAUUGUCCGAAGAGCUUCAAGAAGCCCAGCGACCUGGUGAGCUCCUGCUUAUUCCCCGCUGCUUUUUUAGGCCAGAAGCUGUUCAGCUGCCAUGUCUGCAGCAACGCCUUCUCCACAAAGGGAAGUCUGAAGGUACACAUGCGCCUACACACAGGAGCAAAGCCUUUCAAAUGCCCUCACUGUGAGCUGCGCUUCCGGACUUCUGGGCGAAGGAAGACUCAUAUGCAGUUUCACUACAAAUCAGACCCAAAGAAGGCCAGGAAGCCUGUCACACGAAGCUCUUCAGAAAGUCUCCAGUCUGUGAACCUUCUCAACUCAUCUUCCACGGACCCAAAUGUGUUCAUCAUGAACAACUCUGUGCUGACAGGGCAGUUUGAUCAGAAUAUGCUCCAGCCAGGCUUGGUUGGCCAGGCUAUCCUUCCUGCCUCUGUCUCAGCUGGUGGUGACUUGACAGUAUCUUUGACUGAUGGAAGUUUGGCCACUCUGGAAGGUAUCCAGUUACAGCUAGCUGCUAACUUGGUUGGACCAAAUGUUCAGAUUUCUGGGAUCGAUGCCUCCAGCAUCAACAAUAUCACAUUGCAGAUUGAUCCAAGCAUCUUGCAGCAAACACUACAGCAGGGCAGCCUGCUUGCUCAGCCAAUCACAGGCGAUUCUGGCACAGCCUCCCAGAACAGUUCUCUUCAGACAUCAGACAGCACCGUCCCAGCCAGCGUCGUCAUCCAGCCUCUGUCAGGCCUGUCCUUACAGCCCACAGUGACAUCUGCCAAUCUGACCAUUGGCCCACUGUCUGAACAGGACUCUGUGCUGACCACCAGCAGCAGCGGUUCACAGGACCUCUCUCAAGUGAUGACUUCACAAGGCCUUGUGUCCACAUCGACGGGCCCGCAUGAGAUCACCCUGACCAUCAACAACUCCAGUCUCAGCCAGGUCCUAGCCCAGGCUGCCGGCCCCACCGCCUCCUCAUCCUCGGGCUCGCCACAGGAGAUCACCCUGACCAUCUCUGAACUUAAUCCUUCGAGUGGGAGCCUGCCUUCAACAGCACCAAUGUCACCGUCAGCCAUUUCAGCCCAGAACCUAGUCAUGUCUUCAUCAGGGGUGGGUGCUGAUGCCAGUGUCACGCUGACGCUGGCUGAUACUCAGGGCAUGCUGUCUGGAGGGCUGGAUACGGUUACACUGAACAUCACUUCUCAGGGCCAGCAGUUCCCAGCAUUGCUCACGGAUCCCUCUCUCUCAGGCCAAGGUGGAGCAGGCUCACCACAAGUCAUCUUGGUGAGCCACACCCCACAGUCCUCCUCUGCUGCUGGGGAAGAAAUAGCUUACCAGGUGGCUGAUGUCUCCGCCCAGCUGACCCCUAACAGCCAGCCUGAAAAGGAGGGCCUUUCCCACCAGUGCCUGGACUGUGACCGUGCCUUCUCCUCAGCCGCCGUGCUCAUGCACCACAGCAAGGAGGUGCAUGGGAAGGAGCGAAUCCAUGGCUGCCGGGUUUGCAGGAAGGCCUUCAAGCGUGCCACACACCUCAAGGAGCACAUGCUGACCCACCAGGCCGGCCCCUCGCUCAGCUCUCAGAAGCCCAGAGUGUUCAAGUGUGACUCCUGCGAAAAGGCAUUUGCCAAACCAAGCCAGCUGGAGCGACACAGCCGCAUUCACACAGGGGAGCGGCCAUUCCACUGCACUCUGUGUGACAAAGCCUUCAACCAGAAGAGCGCGCUGCAGGUGCACAUGAAGAAGCACACGGGCGAGCGGCCCUACCGGUGUGACUACUGCGUCAUGGGCUUCACACAGAAGAGCAACAUGAAGCUGCACAUGAAGCGAGCACACAGCUUUGUGGGGACCUUGCAGGCAGCCACUGUGGUCCAGGAACAGGAUGGGGAUGAGCUAAGGACCCUCCACUUGGAGGAAGUGGUGCCGGAGGCAGCGGGUGAAUGGCAGACCCUGACCAAUGUGUUCUGAUGCCGUGGAAAGAGGCCAGAGCAUCCUCCAUGGAGCUGCACGUGAGGGCUAGAGCCCGCAGAGGCUCUGUUCUGAAACUUCAAGUGGUAGUUAGUACCACACUAAUGUUUUAGCUAAAAUUAUUUGAAGAAUCAUUGUCAUUCAAAGACUCACGGGAAAGCGACUGGGAAAUGCACAAAUGUAGCGUUGUCAUUGCCGACAAAUGACAGAGCUGGGCACUGCCAUGGGCACUCACCUUCUCAUGGCAGUGUGUGUGCGUAGCAGAUGAACUGGGUCUGAAUAUCAUUGCGGUGAGAUUUGUGUUAGCAAAAGACACAUCAACAUGGGAAAACACGCGUAUGGUAGUGCAUGAAGUUCGGAGGCAGUGCUGUCACAUGCGGCUGUUUCUCCACUUUUUACUCUGCAUUUUGCUAAUUAGUAACAAUCAGUUCUUUUCUAGCCCGCUCUUAAGUUCACGCAACUGAUGCCUUGAGAGACGGCUGGGCCAGCUCUCUCCAUCACAGAACCUGACCCCUAGUUCUGUGAACACAGGCGCUGCCUCAGCAGGGCUGUGGAGGGGGCCUGACCUGCAGGCGAGGGCCAGCUGCUCACACAGAUGAAUCUGUCCGGUCACAUGGGUUAGGUCACUGCAGAAGCACAAGCCAUACCCUGUAUGGACAGUAGCUGUCCCUGUCCACUCAGUAAAUGUAUCCGUAUUUUAAGGCUAAGGACACAGAGCCCUGCGACUGUCCUCACGCGUACGGAGGUGUGUUGUCUCAGGGGACUGUUAGCGUCAUCAAGCAGUGCCCCAGGGGACACAGACGCAUCCCAAACCAAACCCUCCUGCGCCGAGCAGUGUGCGCUUCAGCAUUCCAAAGACAGACGGUUCCCACUUGACAGCAGUCCCUUGACGCUAUUUAUAUGUUCCAUAUGUAAAUACCUGUGUACAUAGACAGACACGUGGGCCUCCCUCCGUGUGGCGUGGCUGCGGAGGACGCGUUGUAAAUAGAAGCAGUCCUCCUCCUCACAGAGCGCAUCUGGGGCCACUCCCCGUGCACCUCAGGCCCGUGUCCUGUUCACUGUUAAUAAAUGGAGAUCUUUUUCACUGUAACAGAAAGCUGGGCUCUAUUUUUUUUCUGAAAAAAAAUAAUUGCCUUUAUUUUCUCUCAUUGCCUCCUUGGUGUCAGAAGAGAGCAGUUUUAUUAUGAAUGUUAUGUGGACUUGUUCACUAGAGUCCUGAAGAGAGACAUUUCACUGUUAUUUUGAAAGGGCAUCUUUUGAUUCUGUUCACUUUUGUCAUCUGUAUAUAAGUAAUAUUGACAGUGACAUAAAAACUUUUGUUAUGUGAAAAUAUUUAAGUCAGAGAACUGUUAAAUAUUAUUACUUUUUUCCAAACUGAUUUCUGUAUUGUAUAUUUUUUUAAGAAGAAAAAAGCCUUACUUGACUUCUUGUGAUACUGGACUUAAAAACCCAAGGCCCCCAAAUGUCAGUGUGCACACUGGCUGUGGUAGUGUUUUCAAAAGAAUUGUAAUUGUGCGAGAGUUUUAAAGUCUCUGCUAUCCAUGCACUUUUUCUUUUAUAAUUUUGUAUUGAAAUAUUUUAGAAAUAUUAAUUAAUUUUAGUGGACAGGUAGCCCCCACAUUGAAAUUAUCGGAUUUAAAUUUUUUUGCUCUGUCUGGGUUAUUUAUUUUCCUCUCAGCAUUAAGUGUCAUCUCAGGUCAUCUGUAAAGAGGCUGGCUACUUCCUGGUUGUGUAGUGAAUGCAGGGCGCUGACUGGAUAUAGUCAGUUACCUAUGUAAGUAAGACCUGACCAGGGAAAUCUGAAGCCUGCUUUUAUUUUGGUUAAAGAAAAGAAAAUCUACCAGUAACCCAUUUUGUGUCUUUUCUCAAUUUAUUAGCGAGCGAGCCUGACAUGUGUAUAUUUGAUUUUACUUCCUCCCCAUCAAAGCUGCUUCCUUACCAACAUUCCUUGAGAAUACAAGGUUUUGAGAAGAUAACUCACUUGAAUAUUGUGGUUUACAGGUUGAUCUCUGUAUUUUAAAUGUUUGCGAUGCUGUUUUAGGAAAGUGGUUUCUAGCCUCAUGUGUAACCAGGGUUUUGAGGAUAGAGAACUGUAUUUUUAGAACUCUAUAUAACAUAAACUGUUUUGAAAUAACUAAAUGCAAAAUGGCAUUAGGAAA